AUGGACAACAAGGCGGAGGCGAUCCUCGACCAGGCGCUCGGCGAGUUCAACGACGGGCUCGGCGGCGCCAAGUCGGGCGGCAAGUCGAAGAAGAAGGGCUCCAAGAAGAAAGCCGAGCCCGCGGGCCUGGGCGGCCUCGGCCUCCCGAGCAAGGCGGAGAAGGCUCCGCCGCAGCCCAAGGGCAUGGGCUCGCUCGGUCUUCCCGCUAAGGACAAGGUGGGCGCGAAGGAGGGCGGCAAGGGCAAAGGGAAGAAGAAGAAGGGCGCGGGCGCCCAGCCCGCGUUCAACCCCUUCGAUCCCUUCGGCGCCAUGGCGGGCGCGGGCGCCAUGGGCGGGAACCCCUACGCCAUGGGCGGCAACCCCUACGGCAACCCCUACGGCAACCAGGCGGAUCCAUUCGCGGACCUCAUGCCCGGCGGCGGCGGCGGCGGCGCGGCUGGCGCCAACCCUUGGGCGCCCAAUCCCGACGCCGAGAAGUACGCCAACGAGCUCGCCGAGCACAUGCAGAAGAUGUUCGCCGACUUCCCCAAGCCCUCGCCGGAGGAGGAGGCGGAGGCGCAGAAGAAGAUGCAAGAGGCGAUCGCGUCGCUCUCCGGCGCAGCGGGCGACGAGAGCGGCGAUCCGGCGAAGCAGGAAGAGGCCAUGAAGGGCUUCAUGGACGCGAUGGCUCAGGGCCAAAAAGGCAUGCAGGAGAUGAUGGACACCAUGCUGCAGCAGCUCCUGAGCAAGGACGUCCUGUACGAGCCGAUGGUGGAGAUCGCGGCGAUGUACCCGCCGUGGAUCAAGAAGAACAAGAAGAAACUGCCGGCGGAGGAGAUCGUGCGGUACGAGGCGCAGCUCGCCAAGGUUAAGAGCAUCGUGGAGGAGUUUGAGAAGCCGGAGGGCGAGACCCAGUUCCAAACCGUCGUCACCUUGCUGCAGGAGAUGCAGUCGUUCGGUCAGCCGCCCGAGGAGAUCAUGAAGGAGCUCCAGGCGAAGAAGGGCGGGGGGUACGAGCUGCCGCCGUGGAUGCAGCCGGGCGCGGCUGGGGCGGAAGGCAUGCCGCCGGGGUGCACAGUCAUGUAGUGA